AUGGGCAGAGGCAAGAAAUGGGGCGAAAACUGGGCCAACAAUGCUCAGUUGUGGCGUGGUUCAUGGUCUACGGCCUCACCCAAGGCGCCAUGGAAGCCCAAUGGGCCGGGAAGCUACAGGAGCGCUCAAGCCAGCGAGGCUUUUCCUGCCUUCGAUGCUCAGACAGUACAGCUGCCCUUACGUGGAAGGGAAAUCGCACCGAAGGAGCUUGCAGCGGCAGGCCACGAUGGUGGAGAGAUACUUCUUCUCAACAACCUUCAGUCCAUGCUGAACACCGCUCGCAAAGCCGAGGGCAGAACCGCAAAAGCGUGUGCUGCCAGAGAGCAGCUGAAGGCCCAGUGGGAGAAGUACUUGGAAAACAUGAAGGAUUCUUGGCUGAAAGAAAAGCGCCGCUUCGAGCAGGCCAUGGCCAAACAAGACAAGGAGGUCGCAGAAGCCCGGGAAGCACAAGCUUCUGCGAGGAAGCUCAUCCGACAGGCAGCGUUACCAGUUACGGUCGAACGCGGCCCAACUCCCAUGGAGGAGGACAGCAUGGCCUGGGAGGAGCUUCGAGCGUCCUGGGAUGCAGAGCAGGACCAAGAGCUGGAUGGAGUUCUCCGCAGGGCACUCGAAGAGACACAGGAGCCUCCCCCAGUUACGCCGCUCCGGAGUACACAGGCGAUGCCGAGGACUCCGACCCCUUCCCAUCCAGCUGCAGCAGUGCCGCUGACCACGCCAACUGCCAGGAGCGAUCCGUAUGUCAGCGCAACUGGAGUCGCGCCCAUCGCCAGUCCAGCACCGGAAGGAACAGCGGCAGCUCUAGAAGCUGCCGAAGCUGCGGCCCUCGAGGCGAGCCGCCGCACACCCCGAACUGCGGGACCGCGCUUGGGUAUCAAGACAACCUCCAAGACUUCGCCGGCACCUCCCAGUAUCAGUACCAGUCUUUCGGAAAAGAUCGAGGCCAGGAGAAAGGCAUUGAAUCCUUUCGGAAGACCUGGUCCCGCCCUUGCUGCCACAGCCGAGCUAGCCGCGACUUCCCUUGUCGAGGACGAUCCGGACGAGAGCGAGGAGUUACUUCAGGCUCACCCCAGCCCCGGACUUGGCAAAAUGGAGUGA